UUUGGAUAAAAAAAAUAUUUCAUAUACAGGAAAUAUUUCGCGCCUCAAGACAUCGUUUGUCUUUCUAUUCACAGUCUUUUUAAGAUUUUUGUUUUAUGGAAUGGACUGAGAGUCCCCAGAUCCACUUCCUCCAUAGCCAGACAGCCACUGCCGUAGGGUGGCAUCUAUUUACAUACGGAAUCUUAUCGGAGAAGCCACUCGCUCGGCGCGGGCUCACUAGUUAGCUAAAUCGUGUAAUCAAAGAUACUAAGAGGCGGAAAGAGCUUCAGGAGGAGGAAGAGGUGGAACAAGAGGAGCAGGAGGAGCAGGAGGAGGAACAGUAGUCAAGUCCAAUGUCAAUGCGUUGACAUUGAAGGUUAAAUGUACGGCCGUUCAGUUCGCUGGCGAAUUUCCGUGCGCGCGCAACACUUCCAGCAUCUCCGACAUGGCACCACCGCGUCACAUCCUCAAGCUGAGCCGCGAGGAGCAGCGCCAGUUCAUCAACUCCUUCGACAUGGUCAUCAGUGACUGUGAUGGAGUGGUGUGGCUCCUUGUUGGAUGGAUUCCCGGCACGGGUGCGGCCGUAAAUGCCCUAAAAGCUGCCGGGAAACAGAUCAAGUUCGUGUCCAACAAUAGCUUCCGAUCGGAGGCGGAUUACAUGGAGAAUUUCCGGCAUAUUGGCGCCCAGAAUGUACAAGAGGACGAUGUCGUUCAUCCGGUGAAGACCAUUGUGCGGUAUCUGCAGAAGCACAAUCCCGGGGAGAGGGUCUACUCCCUCAUGUCCUUGGAGGCGAACGAAACGUUGCGUAAGCACAACAUCGAAUACGAGUCCUUGAACAUCAAGGAGCACCUGACGGCCGCCACGCUGGUGAACUACCUGGCCAUUGAGAAGCCGGUGGGUGCAGUGCUCUUCGACAUCCACCUGGACAUGUCGUAUGUGGAGCUGGCCAAGGCCAUCCGGCACUUGCAGGAGAAUCCCGACUGCAAGCUAAUAGCCGGAGGGAGUGAUGUGAUUAUGCCGCUGGCGGAGAACCUCAAUGUGGCCGGAUUCUUUGACUUUUUGGAGCAUGUGAAGCGGUAUACGGGCCGGGAGGCCACCUUCCUGGGCAAGCCGUCGCCCAUUCUCGGCGAGAUGUUUGGUGAAAUGUUCGAGAUCGGAGAGCCAAAGCGUUGCAUCUUCAUUGGGGAUACACUCGUGCAAGAUGUUCAGUUCGGGAAGUCCUGUGGCUUUCAGUCCCUGCUCGUCCUGAGCGGCUGCCUCACCAAGGAGGACAUGCUGAACGCUCCGGUAGAUGCCCAGCCGGACUACUAUGCCGAUAGCCUGGCCGAUUUCACGCAAUUGCUGGAGAAUCUGAAGGAGUAGGGGCAUCUCUGUCCCUUUCUUGUUGGGCGUUGGAACAGAAAACUAAAUAGAAACCGAACCACCGCUUGAAAAAAAACAAUAUUUCAAAAAUCAAGUACAAAUGUUGUCCGAAAAUCAUCAUCUCUUCAGAGUCCUGCACAAGCCGCGAUGAUUUUGAUAGAAUUCUGUUCAAAAUACAUUAGUAACUAAUAAAGGAGUUUAGCUUAAAGGUUAA